AUGUCCUCCUGCGUCUCCCACGUUCUCGUUGCGUGGGUUCUGCUCGCCGUCGCAGCGGCCGACGAGCCCAUACCUGACACUGGAUCGGUCGGAGCAGGCGCUAUCGCAGGCAUUGUCCUCGGCGGUGUCUGUGUCGUGGGACUGCUUGCCGCAGCUGUUGCGUGGAAGGCUGGAAGGAAUCGUCUUUUUCUACUUGACGGAAGAUUGCAAGUCAGCUCGUCGAUUACUCGAGAUAUGAAGCCCGGAUCGGUCAGUACAUGCGUUUGCUAG